AUCUCUCCGAGGGCUCGGCUCGCGGGAGCGAGCAGGGGAGGGAACGGCCGCCGGCGCCCGAGGGCCCGAGGAGUCGCUCUCCGCUGCGGGCAGCUGGGGCCCUAGCUGCGGCAGCGGCUGCCUGUGGCGCCCGCGCGGGGUGGCCGAGAGUGGUGGGGCGGGAGCUCGCAGGCAGCAUGGCGGGGCUUCGGGCCAGGCUGGGCUCGGGGCUCAGGCUGCUGGCGCUGUCCACGCUGGGCCUCUGCCUAAUGCUGCAAGUCGGCGCCAAGAGGCCCCCCAAGACGCCCCCGUGCCCGCCCAGCUGCUCCUGCACCAGGGACACCGCCUUCUGCGUGGACUCUAAGGCAGUGCCCAGGAACCUGCCCUCCGAGGUCAUCUCUCUGACGCUGGUGAAUGCUGCCUUUUCGGAGAUCCAGGAUGGAGCAUUUUCUCACCUGCCACUGCUGCAGUUCCUGUUACUCAAUUCCAACAAGUUUACGCUGAUUGGAGACAAUGCCUUCACAGGACUGUCUCACCUGCAGUACCUCUUCAUUGAGAACAAUGACAUCUGGGCACUUUCCAAGUUCACCUUCAGAGGACUCAAGUCUUUGACACACCUCUCACUGGCCAACAAUAACCUGCAGACACUGCCUAGAGACAUCUUUCGGCCCCUGGACAUCCUGAGUGACUUGGACCUGCGGGGCAACUCGCUCAACUGUGACUGCAAGGUGAAGUGGCUGGUGGAGUGGCUGGCACACACCAACACCACGGUGGCGCCCAUCUACUGCGCCAGCCCGCCCCGCUUCCAAGAGCACAAGGUGCAGGAUCUGCCGCUGCGGGAGUUCGACUGCAUCACCACAGAUUUCGUGCUGUACCAGACCCUGUCCUUCCCAGCGGUGUCGGCCGAGCCCUUCCUUUACUCCAGUGACCUCUAUUUGGCUUUGGCCCAGCCAGGAGCCAGCGCUUGCACCAUCCUCAAGUGGGACUACGUUGAAAGGCAGCUUCGCGACUAUGAUAGAAUCCCAGCCCCCUCUGCAGUGCACUGCAAGCCGAUGGUGGUGGACAGCCAGCUGUAUGUGGUGGUGGCCCAGUUGUUUGGUGGCUCUUACAUUUACCACUGGGACCCCAACACCACGCGCUUCACCAAGCUGCAGGACAUCGACCCUCAGCGCGUGCGCAAGCCCAAUGACCUCGAGGCCUUCCGCAUCGAUGGCGACUGGUACUUUGCCGUGGCUGACAGCUCCAAGGCGGGGGCCACCAGCCUCUACCGCUGGCACCAGAACGGCUUCUACUCCCAGCAGGCCCUGCAUGCCUGGCACCGUGACACUGACCUGGAAUUUGUAGACGGAGAGGGCAAGCCACGCCUAAUUGUGUCCAGCAGCUCCCAGGCCCCCAUCAUCUACCAGUGGAGUCGCACCCAGAAGCAGUUUGUGGCCCAGGGCGAGGUGACCCAGGUGCCUGAUGCCCAGGCUGUGAAACACUUCCGCGCAGGUCGCGACAGCUACCUGUGCCUCAGCCGCUACAUCGGCGACUCCAAGAUCCUGCGCUGGGAGGGCACCCGCUUCUCCGAGGUGCAGGCGCUGCCCUCCAGGGGCUCGCUGGCCCUGCAGCCCUUCCUGGUGGGUGGCCGCCGCUACCUGGCCCUGGGCAGCGACUUCUCCUUCACACAGAUCUACCAGUGGGAUGAGGGGCGGCAGAAGUUUAUGCGGUUCCAGGAGCUGGCGGUGCAGGCCCCUCGGGCCUUCUGCUACAUGCCUGCUGGGGACGCCCAGCUGCUCCUGGCCCCCAGCUUCAAGGGACAGACACUUGUGUACCGACACGUGGUGGUGGAUCUCAGUGCCUAGAGGGGGUCCGAGGCCUCUGGGUUCCUCGGAGCACUGGAGGCUGGGCGGAGCCUCCGGGUGAGCAGCAUGUUUGCCUGUGUGAAGACACAUGUAGCCAACCUGCAUACAUGCCCUCACGUACACAUCCCCCCGGUGAGCAUGGACCGUACCGUGGACUCUAGCCCAGGGAUGCCACUUAAUUUCCACUGUAAUCAGCAUGAAGUCUUGUAUACGCACCAGACAACCCAGCCCCUGGUGCCCUCCCAUAUGUGGACGCCGGUUCACCCCACACCACAUCUGCAGCCUCCCUUGCUCUGCUGCCUUCCACAUGCUCUGGCCC